UAUGUCCCGUCUGCCUUAAGUCUGAAUGUCUUUCAGCCUCGGCUACUGUAAUCUCCGCACACGAACCAUUUCCUCCAUACUGACUUCAAUCUAGCCAGGCUCUCGACUCGUUGUACCCUCAAGGCGAUUAUCGUGACUAUCAGGACACGGGAGCAUACUGACACUCAAGUCUGCCGCUGCCGAUUCUUCUUUGCGUGGGUAACUCGCCCAGAGCCUCAUCGCGACAAGCUCCGGGUUGUCCAGGGAGGCAUCCGACAAAGCCAUUGCAACCAACACUCUUGCCUACCAUUCCCGAUAUGGCGACGAACGUGUUCGACAAGCACAGCGAUAAGCUUGCUGGCGUUUGGAGCCUCAUCUCCUUUGAGAUGUUCGACAUGGACAAUCCGCAUAAAGUGCUUCACAAGCCUCACGGUGAUGAACCACUGGGCAAAGUCGUCAUAUCAACAUCGGGACAUCUAUCAGCCAUUCUCAGGUCACCUCUGGACAUGGAACCCCUUGAAAACGACGAAUGGAUCAAGGCCUCGGACGAGGAAGUGUUGCACGCGGUACGAAGCCUGUCAUGUUAUGCAGGACCAAUGACGCUACUGGAGAGAGAAGAUGGUGGGUUUUUGUGGCACACCCAGGUGUAAAUCUCGCACAAUCCGAAUUGGAUUGGGAAGGCGCAGACCAGAAACGCAGACUAUAGUGAGGAAGAUGGACAGGCGUACAUGACUCUCAGACCUGUCACGCCGUACAGUCUAAAGGUUGGUUUCGAUAGUCCUAUGGAGGACAUCGGAUGAGACUGUACUGACACACGAAUAGGACGGGAGGAAGACUCGACCUGUGCUGAAGUGGAAGAAAAUCAGUAAGUGA